AGUGAGUCAGCUGUGGGCUGAGGUGGAUGGAAGUUUGUCAGUGCCUUAUGAAAUUGAUUUUACUCUUGUCUUCAGAGGACAGGACUAAAGACAUUCUUAAUGCCAAUAUGAUUUCCGCGAAGACGUGCGUCAGAUUUCAUCCACAUGCUAAUGAAACCGACUAUUUGCACUUUGAGUACGGAAAAGGGGAAAGAGGACAAUUUUGUGAAGAAAAAGGGGAACACCCUCGGUCUAAAGUAUGACCUGGAAUCAAUCAUGCAUUAUGGAACCAAUUAUUUCUCUCGCAAUGGAAUGCCCACAAUUGAGCCCAAAGAGAGCAGUGUAACGAUCGGCCAGAAGAGUCACUUGUCUGAUCUGGAUGUGCAAAGGAUCAGGAGGCUGUACCACUGUGACGAGACACAAUAAGGAUCAAGCAAAAUCUUGAAUGGUUACUUGAUGACAGAGGAAUUUUGAAUCUAGGAGGAC